GAGACUAGCAUUGACUGUUCCAACCUUAUUGUUUUCAAAGUAGAUCAUACUUUGCAAAAACGAUAAAAAGAAACGCAAAGCAACGUUCAAGAGAGACUUGUAUUUAGAAGUAGAAGAUGAGUAACAAGAAGAAGAAGAAGAAUAACAUGAAGAAGAAGAAGGAUGUUCCUAUAGAGGCUUUCAAGGACAUGAGUGCUGAAUAUGGUGACAAGGCUUGGAACAUUCUGGAACAUGCAAUUCGUCGGAUAUACAAUCACAACGCUAGGAAUAUUCUCAGUUUUGAAGAGCUUUACAGAAAUGCUUGCAAUAUGAUUUUUCACGGUUUUGGGGAGAAGCUAUACUCUGGACUGGUUGCCAUCAUGACUUCUCAGCUCAAAGAGAUGGCUACAUCUGUUGCAGCCACUCGAACAAGUUCCUUUCUGAAAGAAUUAAACAGAAAAUGGAAUGAUCACAGCAAGGCAUUACGAAAGAUUAGAGACAUUUUAAUGUACAUGGAUACGACUUAUAUCCCAAAGACCAACAAGACACCUGUUUAUGAACUUGGUCUGAGCCUGUGGAGAGAAAAUGUUAUUUAUUCAAACCAGAUAAGGACUCGAUUGUCGAAUAUGCUUUUGGUAUUAGUAUGCAAGGACUAUGCUGGAGAAGUUGUUGAUAGAAAACUGAUUAGAUAUAUAACAAAUAUGCUAAUGGAUUUAGGUCCUUCCGUUUAUAUGCAAGAAUUUGAGAAUCCUUUGCUGCAAGUUUCAGCUGAGUUCUACCGGGCUGAAUCACAGAAAUUGAUUGAGCGCUAUGAUUGUGGGGAUUAUCUAAAGAAGGCUGAGAUGCGCCUGAAUGAGGUAAUUGAUAAAGUGAGCCACUUCUUGGACCCUAACACUCAAAAGAAGAUUACUAUUGUGGUGGAGAAGGAGAUGAUCGAAAAUCACAUGCUUAGAUUAAUCCAUAUGGAGAACUCUGGGUUAGUAAACAUGAUUGGUGAUGAUAAGUAUAAAGAUUUGAUUAGAAUGUAUAACUUGUUCCGUCGUGUCACCGGUGGUCUCUCGCAAAUACGAGAAGUGAUGACUUCAUACAUUAGAGACUAUGGUAAGCAGCUUGUUACUGGUCCAGAAAGGUUGAAGAAUCCGGUUGAAUUUGUGCAGAGGCUUUUAGAUGAGAAAGAUAAAUUCAGCAGGAUUAUAAAUAUGGCAUUUAGUAAUGACAAGUUGUUCCAGAAAGAUUUGUAUUUCUCCUUCGAAUUUAUCAUUAACUUGAAUCCUCGUUCUCCAGAGUACAUUUCACUAUUUUUAGACGAUAAGCUUCAAAAUGGUCUAAAGGGAAUUAGUGAGGAUGUUGUAGAGAUUACUCUUAACAAGGUUAUGGUUUUAUUCCGUUAUUUGCAGGAAAAAGAUGUGUUUGAGAAGUAUUACAAAAAGCACCUUGCAAAGCGGCUUUUGUCUGGAAAAACAGUUUCUGAUGAUGCCGAGAGGAGUCUCAUAGCUAAGCUGAAGACAGAAUGUGGAUACCAAUUUACUGCAAAAUUAGAGGGCAUGUUAACAGACAUGAAAACAUCUCUAGACCCGAUGAAGAGCUUUUAUGCCAGCCACCCUGAGUUAGGUGAUGCCGAUGGUGCUACACUUACUGUGCAGGUUCUGAAAACAGGGUCUUGGCCAACUCAAUCUAGUGUAACAUGUAACAUUCCGACUGAAAUGUUAUUACUUUGCGAAAAAUUUCUGUUAUAUUACCUCAGCAACCAUACCGACAGGAAAUUGUCGUGGCAAACUAAUAUGGGCACAGCAGACUUAAAAGCAACUUUCGAGAAUGGUCAGAAACAUGAGUUAAAUGUUUCUACCUAUCAAAUGUGUGUACUCAUGCUAUUUAAUAAUGCUGAUAGAUUAAGCUACAAGGAAAUUGAGCAAGCAACUGAGAUUCCAGCUUCAGAUUUGAAGAUGUGCCUGCAAUCUUUGGCUUUGGUUAAGGGUAAAAAUGUCCUAAGGAAGGAGCCUAUGAAUAAUUAUGUUAGUGAGAUUGAUGCAUUCUUUGUUAAUGACAAGUUCAGUAGAAAAUUGUAUAAGGUAAAAAUAGGAAGUGUAGUUGCUGAAACGGAACCUGAACCGGAGAAACUGAAAACUCAAAAAAAAGUUGAGGAGGAGCGGAGGCCGCAGAUUCAGGCUUCAAUAGUGAGGAUUAUGAAAUCUAGGAAGAAACUGGAACACAAUAAUCUUGUAGCUGAAGUAACAAAGCAGUUGCAGUCUCGAUUCCUUGCAAAUCCAACGGAGGUAAAGAAACAGAUUGAGUCUCUAAUUGAGAGGGUGUUUUUGGAGAGAGAUAACAGUGACAGAAAAUUGUAUCGUUAUCUUGCUUAGAAUUGGUAUGAUUGUUUUUAUUCAGUAGGGUUAUUACAGUGGCUAGUGAAACUGUUUUGAUGCAUCGAUACUUAAAUUCUUUAGUAGCACGGGUUUUACCUAACGUGUUAAUAAAUUUAAUUAGUAACAUUUUUCUUGA